AUGGAGCUGCUGCUCUUCUCAUCUGAUCCUCUCCUAGCGAUUUCAGCACUGACAAUAACAAUAACCCUGUUCUUGUUUCUCAGGUUCGGUCCACCAUUCCUGAUCAACAGAACCAAGUCGUCAUCACCACCGCUGCCGCCAGAGCCAUCAGGCGGCCUCCCAAUCGUAGGCCACCUCCUCCAAUUCAUCUCUUCAAAGCAAACCCUGGCCCAAGCCUUCGCCGACAUUGCCGACCGCCACGUAAGCGAUCCCAAGACGGUUCAGGAGUGCUUUACGGCCAACGACAGGGCCUUAGCCUCUCGCCCCUGGUCAAGCCAGGCCGAAUUCCUCAACUACCGCUGCGCCGGGUUCGCCGCAGCGCCUUACGGAACCUACUGGCGCGACAUUCGGAAGCUCGCCGUGACCCAGCUGCUGUCCAGCCACCGGCUGAAGUCUCUGGCGCACAUCCAGGUGUCGGAGAUCAACAUGUUGGUACGAGAAUUGCAUCGAAUGUGCCGCCGCGGCGGCGGCGUCGUGGGGAUCAGCGAGGUGAUUGAGCAGAUGGGUUCGAACAUGAUUACGAGGUUGAUUGCAGGGAAGAGGUGUUUCAAUUACAGGGCGGCAGGGGCAGGGGAUGGUGGUGGCGGCGGCGAUGUUGGUGGUCUCGUGGAAGGAGAGCGAAUCGGGCGGCUGAUGAGGGAUUUCAUGCGUGUGUGCGGGGAAUUCGUGCCGUCGGAUAUUGUGCCGUUGUUGGGGUGGAUGAAUUGGAUGCCUGGUGGUGGGGUUUUGAAAUCGAUGCAGAGGAUUGGCAAGGAAUUGGACGUGGUGAUGCAGAGUUGGAUUGAGGAGCAUAAACAGAGGAGGAGGAGAGACGACGAGGAGGAGCAGGGUGAUUUCAUCGACGUGAUGCUGUCGGCGAUUGGCGAUGAUUUCGCCGAGGAGUACUCGCCGGAGACAAUUGUGAAGGCCACUGCACUGACGCUCAUUUUAGCAGGUGCCGACACCACGUCCAUCACCGUAAUCUGGACCCUCUCCAACUUGCUAAACAACAGGAACAUGUUGGAGCUUGCUCAACAAGAACUAGAUGUGAAAGUUGGCAAAACUCGCCCGAUGGAGCACUCCGACAUUAGUAGCCUCAUCUACCUCCAAGCCAUUGUCAAAGAAACCUUGCGCUUGUAUCCGCCCGCCCCAACAGCGAUUCCGCACCAAGCAACGGAGGAUUGCACCAUCCACGGCUACCGUGUCCCCAAGGGCACAAGGGUGUUUGCGAAUUUGUGGAAGCUGCAUCGAGAUCCAAAUGUGUGGUCGGAUCCUGAUGAGUUCAGGCCAGAGAGGUUUCUUGUGGAUCAACUGCAAGGGCAUGAUAGUAAUUUGAUCGAUGGAUUGUCUACCAAGAAUUUUGAGUUGGUCCCGUUUGGAUCAGGGCGAAGGUCGUGCCCAGGAGAAGCUUUUGCCUUACAGAUUGUGCACCUCGCCAUUGGAAGGUUGUUGCAAGGUUUUGACAUUACUAAUCAUGUCGGUGACAAUCAACCGGUUGAUAUGGCUGAAGGGCAAGGCUUGACCAUGCCUAGAGCAACUCCAUUGGAAGUUAAAAUGGUGCCUCGCCUCUCUCUUCACCUCUAUGAAGUUUGCUAGACUUGUAAUAUAUGGUGAUGAAUGUAAUGCUUAAUAGUUAAUACUCAUUUCUUAAAUACCAUGUUGGUAAGCAGUGAAGAAGCA